AGUUGAUUCAAGAGAAGGUUAUGGAUGAGGAGGAUGAAGCAGCAGUUCUUGGCCAAGAUGUUGUGUUGCGUGAAAAAGACAUUCUUAAGGAAUUACUCAAGGCUUUACCACAUAAAGCUCAACUUGGUUAUUCGGGUUUGAAAGAAAAGUUCAUUUCAAGUGGUGACAAAAGUUUGAAGAAAAUAAUAGCUGCUGCAAAAACGAAUGACUCUCUGAAAGUCGAGUACACAUGUCUGGAUGUUACACCAAAAACAAUUGUACUUGGUUGUAGUCUGGGUAUUGCCUUUCUCUACGAUCGGAACACAAAAAUACUUAGCAGAUUUGUCUGUGAGAAAAAGCAGAUACCAAUUGUUAGUAUCAAGUUGUUGGAAGAGCGCAACUUUAUUGCGACUGGUCAAUUUAGUGGUACUAUCACAAUAUUUCAAUAUGGAGAAGAAAAAAAUGGUUUAAUGAAGGCAAUUCUGAAAUGUACUGUGGAAUCUCAUCAUACAGCCCCUGUCACCAGUAUUUUGUGGACACCUGACAGUAUGAAAUUGUUCACAGCUGAUAGUGAGGGUAAUGUCGCAAUCACUGUCAUCAAUAUGGACGAGGGAAAAACACACACUGUCUUUCUUUGCAAAGAGGAUUCUCCUGUGACACAGAUGUCAUUCUCCCACACUGGCUUACUGAUAUCAACUCUAAAACGAACCAUUAUAUGGCCUUUCACCACAAAAAAAGUUGUUCAAGUUGGCAUGCAAGAAAGAAAGGUCUUUGGAAAUUUUGGUGCUUGUUUUUUACCACCUGCAAGUCAACUUCCCACAGAUGAUCACAUUGAAGUAUUUGCAUCCCGCCCUGGCUUGCGAUUGUGGAAAGCUACAACAGAUGGAAAGGUGCUUUCAACGAUGAUAUUCAAAGAAUCAAUAAUGAAAGGUGAACCAAUUAUAGAAACAAUUGAUCUUUCAUCUCAGGUUGACCUGCCUCCACAAAGUGAACAGAAACAAUUUGGUUCGCUAAUUGUAUUCAAAGAACAAUUUCUUGUUUCAUGGCAAGGAUCUUGUGUGUGGGUAAUUGACCCAAAUACUGGCUAUGUUAUUGGUUGUCAUAGUAAUUUAGGUUGUGUUGUUGACGUUAGUGCUUGCAACAAUGAACUCUUUAUAUUAUCGAAAGGUGAAGAACAUUUUAUACGAAAAAUUGUUUUUGAAACUGUAGUGCCAUGUAUUGUUGUAGAAGAUUUAGACCUUAAUAAUCCACAGGAAAUAGCAAAAGCUCAAGGAGCUAGUUCUGUGAGUCAGUUUGAAGACCAGGACAAGUUAGAUAAACAUAUUGAUGAAGUUGUGUCUAUUGUGAAAAGAGGGUUGAUUGAUGUAAAAUCAAGAGUUAAAGGUAUCACAGAACAAAUCCGUUCAAGAGAUGCUUCUGAAGACGACAAUUCAAGCCCUCGCGCUGUAAAUCGAAAUCGUGACAACAUUGAAUCUGUGCUUAGUGGGGAAGCUAUUUCAACUAGUGAUGAUAACGGUAAAUUCGAUGGAACAACAAGUGAUGAAAAUAUACUUAGUGAUGGUUCUGGUAGACCCUUUGAAUCAAGUAAUGAACUUUUAAACUCUUACGAGGCUAGUCCUGAAAGAAAAACAGAAACUAUUGAAGUGGAAAUUACGCACAAGACGAGAGAAAAGGAAUCUAUGUUUGGUCACUUAUCAAAGGAAGAAUUUCCAACAGAUAUUGUAUUUGAAGGUACAUCCAUUGGCAAGAAAAUAAAGAAGAAAAAGAAAACAAAAAAAAUCACUGACACUAAAGAAAAUGUGGAUACUACGGAACCGACAUGUGAUGCUGCAACAAAAGAUGACGACACGGUCACAUUAUGUGAUUUUGAUGAGACAACAUCUUCUGGCAUGAAUAGAUUUCAAAGAGUUAACUCUGUACUUAAUAAAGAAAUAUCAUUUGACAAUGAUGUUAAUGAGGACAAUUUAAAUGUUCAAAAUAAUGAUGUUUGCAAGGGAGAUGAACUUAAACUAACCUUGAAUGCUGGGACUGAGAAUUUAAUUGAUGAGCAAAAACAAGGUGAUGAUGUAAAAAUGCUAUGUAAUAAUCACAAUGAUAGGACACAAAUUUAUCAAAGUGAAGAGUUUUCUCCACAAGACGAAAAAGAAGAAGUAUUAUAUAAUGACAUUCAGAACGAAAAUGGUGAAUUGCAUGUAAAUAGCUCCUCUAGUGAUAUGAAAACAUUAGAAAACAAUACUUUACACCACUUUGAGAAAAACAUUCAAAACAAUACUUUGCUACUAACUGUUGCGUCUGAUACUGAGCAGAACAAUAUGUUGAACGAAAAGAGUGUGGAUUUAUUAAUGAGAAACGAUGGUGUUAUUACAACUAAUAGCACACCAGAAUUUUAUUAUUCACUCGAACAACCUCAGCAAGACAAUAAAUUCUCUGAAAAUGAUAAUGCUAAACACUCACCUAAUUUGGAAAAAACGGACAAUGUUAGAAUAGAAAAUGAUGAAUUAAUUGCACAAGUUUCUGCUGAAUCAAAUAGCAAUCACAUGUCAAAUGAAAUCAAUAACCAGCCUUCACUGUCUGUGAUGUUACCCACUACAGAUGUGUUGGACAUUUCAAAGGGUGAUAAUGUUACGAUUGAAUAUGAUAAAUUGAUUGCACAAGACAAGACAGAAUUUUCUGCUGCAUCAAAUAGCAAUCACAUGUCAAAUGAAAUCAAUAACCAGCCUUCACUGUCUGUGAUGUUACCCACUACAGAUGUGUUGGACAUUUCAAAAACUGAGAAUAAGCCAAGCAAGAAAAACAAUGAUGACCAGGAAGUGAAUACUAUAUCUGACAAUUUUACAAAAUCUGAUGAGAAUGUAGAUAUAGAGAUUUCUCCAAAUGAUAAAAAUUUAAUUGGUGUAAAAAACCAUGUAACAAAAGCAUCAGAAGAAGACAUGAAUAUUGUCAACGUGAAAAUAUCUCAUCAGCGACAAGGAAGUAAUGCCAGUGUUCAGAGCCUUGGAUUAGCCGAGCGUUGUAAAGAAGUGCGUGGCGAAGCUUUGGAACGAACACAUGUACGACAACCUUCAGGUCCUAUUUUACUAGGUGCUGAUGAUACCCUCGAUUCGAAUAUUCAUCCAUAUGAUGAGGAUGAAAUAAGUAUCGAUGUGCGUGAUGACAACAGAGAUUUGGAGGGAAAACUUUACCCCAUUAGUCCGUUUCCAGCUCCACAAGUGCAUUCCAUUUAUUCGCAACGCAGUGUAAGCUUGUCAGAAUUUUCACUUUCCAAUUUUGAUGAUAAGACUGAGGAAGAAAAACUUUACAAAGCCAUUGGAGAGUACGACAGCAUUGAUGUACAAGCAGAUCUUAUUGAGUCGAUAGAGAGCAUAACAGAUGUCGAAGACAAUUUAUCCAACUCUCCUCCAUCAGAUGUAAGCCUCAGUGAUGUAAAGAAUUCAUCUGGUGCUAUUGGAAUCAGACGAAAAAAACGCCCUAAGAACAGGCUAAGUUAUCCUAACUCACCCUGCAGUUCAGAUAUGGAAGGCCGCCCUCUUCAUUCCCCUAAAGCGAUGGCUGAAUCUGUGCAAGAACGCCUGCGGUAUUUAGCAGACAGCUGGGCGGAUGUCAAUUUGCCGUCAUGUGGCCAGAUACAGUACAUAGCCUGCUCUGAUUCCGUGGUUUGGGCCAUCGAUAACCAUGAUCACAUCUUUUGUUCUGGCACCUUUUCUCAAAGUUAUAACUGGAAAAAACUAGACGGGAAAGCAAUGCAGGUUGCAUGCAAUCCAAGAGGUUCAGUUGUGUGGUGUGUUGAUCGAAACAAGGUUGCUUAUUACCGCACAGGUAUAAAAGAGCAGUGCCAACAAGGCACAAGUUGGGAGGCGUUCGAAAAAAAUAUACAUUACGUUGCUGUGGAUGAUGAUUCUGUUUGGGCGAUCAAGACAAAUGGAGACGUAGUUUUAAGAACUGGGGUUUCGAUAACAAAGCCUUUAGGAACUGCAUGGCUGACAGUGAAAGAGGCCAGUGAUCUUGUACAAAUCACGUGUUUGGAUGGUCUCACUUGGGCGCUAGAUAUAUAUAACCACGUGCAAAUCUUUCAUGGAAAUUCUAAGGAGCUCGAUGUGCAAACCGUCGAUCAGUCUUCGCAUUGGUGCGAACUACCAGGAAUCACUGCCAGUCAUGUUAUCUUGGGCACGAAAGGCGUGUGCUGGAUUAUUGACGGCGAGUCAGGCGUCUGGUUUAAUCAGGACAUAACGCGGGAAAAUCCUCUUGGUGGCACAUGGUAUCAGUUGUCACUGGGUGAACAUCACAGUCAAGACUCUGGCUGGUUCUCUUCUGUAUUAUCCUACUUCACGCAGGGAAAUGAACCAAAAAUGAUAAUCGCUAACGAAGUAGCAGGCGUUUUAAUUCUUGGCAAGCAAGGCUACAUUCAUGUUGCUCAUGGACACUUGCUAGGUACACGGUGGGAAACGGUAGUGCCAUCAAAUGUAAAAGAGCCAGCCUUCUGGACGUGCGUCGCUGCUGGUGGCAUGGAUAUGAACAAAGACUAUAUUUGGGCCUUGCAACCAAAUGGUCAGUUGCAUUGUUUUAAGCCGGGAGGUCAUGCUUACAAUGUUCACCCACCUACAAAAGUUGUGUUAAAGUAUUGUUCGGCAGGCCCACGCUCGUUAUGGGUGCUAACAGGUGGUCCCGAUGUUUACUUGCGAAUCGGAAUAUCUGAUUCAUGUCCACAAGGAUUAAAAUGGUUGAAAGUGGAUAUGUUGGCUCAAGGUAACCGAAGACUUAAAGAUAUAUGUUGCGGUAAUCAUGUUGUAUGGGCUGUUGAUUUCGAAGGUAAUGCUUGGUUCCAGAUGGGUCGUGAUGAACGAAGAGGAGUUGGAUUUGCUCCCGCUUGGGUAGCUGUAGAGGGUUGUCCUCUCGAUGGAAGUAAAUUUAUCAAAAUUGUAGUAGGCCCUGAUGAUCGUAUCGUAUGGGCUUGUGAUGAUAAAAAUAAUGUAUAUGCAAGAAAAGAUAUCACUGAAAAUUUCUGGGUUGGAACAUCGUGGGAAGUGGUUUCAGGUACAAGCGGGAAAGAUUUAGCUAUCAGUAGCAACCACGUGUGGGGUCUGAGUCCUAAUGGUGAUGUAAUGUGUCGAUUUGGCGUGUCAAGUAGUAACGUCAUCGGCGAUUAUUGGAAAAAAGUGCCGGGUUCAUUUGAUAAAAUUAGCGUGAGUGCCAAUGACGAUAUUUGGGGCAUUGACAGACACGGGACCUUGUACCAGAGACAGACUUUAUUAUUUUACGGAAGUACGAUGUCAAGUAAAGCCCCUUCGUACAACGACCUGUUUUCUGCGCACGAUGAUUGGGAGUUUAUAUAGCAACGUUGGACUGCAUAUGAGCUAUGUUGGACGCACAUGAACGACUUGGUGGAAGUGUCAACAUUUCCUUUGUGUUGACAAACACCAUUGUACAAAUAUAUAUAUUUUAUGACUUUUGCUGCCCAGAACGCGUAUUUUUUCAUUGCGUACAAAUUUAUUUUUUCUAUAGAAAGUUUAUGUCAUAUAUUACGCAUGCGCAGUAUUUUAUAGCAAUAAUACUUUUCUUAAGCAGCAACUAAUUUUGUAGUAACUUUCAGUGUUCAUGGUUUCUCUAUUGCGAAAAGACGACUAAAUUUGCAUUUUCUAUUUCUUAUUUUAUUCAUAUUUUAGAGAAACGUUUUUUUUUCUUGACUGAAAAUAUUCUCAUUGUGGCAUCGCCCGUUUCAUGUCUCUAAAUAAAUAGUCCUUUGAUUUUUGUCUCUGUUAGCCAUCGAUUAUAGUUCGUUUAGUGAAGUUUUAUACACACGUUUUUUUUUCUUGACUGAAAAUAUUCUCAUUGUGGCAUCGCCCGUUUCAUGUCUCUAAAUAAAUAGUGCCUUGAUUUUUGUCUCUGUUAGCCAUCGAUUAUAGUUCGUUUAGUGAAGUUUUAUGCACAGAUUUAUUUUUUUCCUGAAUUUUAUCGAUAUAUAUGCAUUCGUCAGCAUUUGUCAACGCUUUAAUUACACCGUGAUUUUAUCUUUUCCGAAAAAAAAAACGAUAUUUUUUGUUUGAAGGUAUAUUUAAAAGUUUUAUUUAUAACUUUGUGGUGUUUGCGUUCAGUGGUAAGAAAGUUUAAUGUAACAAAGUAUUUUCGAUAAAAUCUCUUUUUUUAGAAAGUCGAAUUGAUUUUCUCCUUUUAUGUAUAAAUUUGAUAGGUAUGGAUAUACUGCUAGGAGUAACAGAGCGCAGCGCUCACCAAAUACGAGUAAAAGACAGGUUUAUCACUUUUUGCUGAUAAAACAUUUUUAUUUAGCGGAAAUCCGCCAGAACUUCUUGUUAAUUUAAUUAUGCAUAGCUGAUUUAGUCCGACCUUGUUAAUUCAGUCCUACCUCGCUUAUUCAUUCCUACCUCGCUAAUUCAGUUCUGCUUCGCUAAUACAAUACUACCGAACUAAAUAUUAUUCUUUUGCUAUUUGCUGGAUCGAAUAGCAUUUUUUUGAAUCUGAAUACUAUAGAAGUACCUGUUAAAACUUCCGAAAAGCGUGGUGUGUUUUUAGCUAUUACUCCCAACUAAAUUCCAUGCCGGUUGCCGGCAGACUUACAGUGAUAAAAUAGGUCUGUUAUUUGGUUGGAUUUGAUUAGCUAUAAAAAAUAUUUCUGUUUUUAUUUAGUUAUAUUAAUCAUUUUUUUUGUAAACAUGCUUUAUCAGAUGAGUUUGACGUGUUUCCAUGUACACAUUUCUUGAAAAUUAGAAUGGAAAACAAUUUUUGGUUGGAA